AUGCGUCUUUCCGUAGUCUUACCAGCUGCAUUGUGUGGUCACGUGUUUGCUGCCUCUGUGGCAGUAAACUUGCGUGCUAACUGGACUGAUUCUCCAUUCCAAGUGCAAUUGGUGGAGGCGUUGGCUUCGCACAAUGAGUCCCUUUAUGUCCCUGCAAUCAAGUCUCUAUUCUGUGAUACACUCGCUGAGUCGGACUGGGGUGAUUCCGACGAAGAAGGCGAAAGUUUUGAUACGGACUCAAGUACUGACGAAGGACUCUACAAGAGCCUCAUUCGGCAGUUGACAGAAACGCAAAUUGGCUUUCUCAACCUCAAUUUGGUCCAUAGCAUCUUCUCUCCCCGGAUCCAGGCACACAUCGACCACUACCACACGGAAGUUCGGCCCUAUACUGAGGCCCUUGUGCUUAAGCAGUGUGCCACCGACUCUUUCGGCGAGAAAAUCGACGAUCCUUUGGGGGCAUGGGUGAAAUACGGUGCCAAAGUGUAUUGCUCCGAGCUGGACUUGUUUGCCCUCCAAUUGGAUAAGCAAUCAGAGCCCAAACUCGCUUUUGAUCGACCCGUGGGCUCGAAUCCUGAUGCUCCAUUGCUCACAUUAUAUGGGUCUCCGGAUAGUCAGCGGUUUUCCGGCAUGAUUUCCACUCUUCUUCUGUUGGCGGAAACAGGAAACUUGCAGUUUGUAUGGAGAUAUGUUCCCACUGAGCCACUGCUUCCGCUUUUGCUCUCUGGAUACGGGAAGACGCUCACUGUCAAAAGCAAGCAGCCAGGUGUCCACAAAGAACCAGAAGAAACCGGCUCUCUUUCUGAGUUUUUGAAAAGGCAUAAAAAUGCCGAAGUCUCCGAGAUUGCUGCCAGCCAGCUCCCACAGGUUUCUGAAAUGCUCACAGCACUUGUUCUUGAUGCAAAGCCAGCAGAGAGAUUCGAGAAGCUAUCUUUGCUUUUGAAAAACCUCCCCAAGUAUGCACCGCAUCUAGCAAAUGUCAAAAGGCCUGCCAAUUUCAAGUCUGUUUUGGAAAACUCAAAGGCGAACGAAAAUAAGGGCGCGUCUCGUGAUCUUAUUGGAAUGUUCAUCAAUGGUGCCAUGGUGCACAGGCUUGAGACAGACAUGCCAUACAUUAUUGAAAAACUCAAUGAUGAGAUCAAGCUUGUUGAACUGAUGGAAAAUCUCGGCUUUUCCAAACGACAAGCCAAAAAAUUGUUCACCAAAUUCGCCCUCUUGAGCGCUUAUAAGGAAAAUGAAUAUAGAGCAGGCUCAUCACACAACAGAUAUUCCUUGUACAGAAACACUUUCCGAGCCGACGACCCUGCGUCUGGUGGCGUGGUGUUCUUUAACAAUUUGUUACAAGAUGAUAACUACAACCUUUACUCUUCUGAUCGUGUCAAAGUUUACAUCCAAGAGGCAGCGCAGUACAAACAAGGCCAAAUUCCGCCCUUGAAGGAAAAUGUCCACGAUAUCAUUUUUGUUCUCAACUUUUCCAACAAAAGUCAACUCAAGGUGUUUUUUGCCAUGUCCAAGAUAAUUUUAGACAAGGGAAUCCCGCAACAACUUGGUAUUCUCCCGUUGGUGGAAAGCGACAAAGAUGACAUGAUCACGCAAAUGUUCUACCACAUCUUGGAAGUAGGUGAGCUCACAGAGGGACUUGCAUUUCUUUACAAAUAUUUCGAAGCAAGUCCAGAAGACGAAGAAAGUCUUUUUGGCUUGGUUGCCAACUCCAGUGGAAAAUCGCACACGCAAUAUAAAGACACGCUCCGUAAGUUCUCCAUCACUGAACCUUCAGUGGUGAUAAACGGCGUCAUUGUCAACAUGCGCUCAACAAAAUGGCAAGCACAAAUGGGCCAGCAGAUAACUCAUGAUGUGAAGGUUCUUCAAAACUCAAUUCGACAAGGUGAUGACAAAGGAAAACCGCUCAAAGAAGUCUUGUAUUCCGGCUCAAAAUCCUCUCGCAAUUUGAGAGUCACCCCCAAGGAUCCUGGUAACAUCCGGUAUAAACGCGUCACUCCCGAACUCCUUGAAGCAUCUAUGGUUUUCAAGAAAAUCGUUGACCCAAGCCAGACGUCAGUCACUCUCUGGCUUAUUGGUGACUUUAACUCGAAUAUCGUACUCGAUCAAUUCAUACAGGUUCUCAAGUUCAUGAGGCAAUACAACGGUAGGUCGACACAAGUGAGAGUGAUAAAUACCGCCAGGGAAUCUCAAAUUCUUGACGCGUUGAUUUCCAAGUUUUCUGGUCAACUGCUCACUUCCCCCAUGCUCAGAAGCAUGGUUGACUCCAUAGGCGAUAUGCGGGUUCAGACAUUCUCCAAGCCAGAUCCAGCCAAAUUGGCCGUUCUCGAAGCUAACAGCAUUCAACUGCAUCAGUCAUCUCUUCUUUUCAACUCCAGGCAAUUCCGCUUGGACUCUGUGCUCGACGUACGCGAGCUACAGCAGAUCCUCGCAUAUGAAUUUCCACAACGAUUGGACACAAUAGACGAAGUGCUCAAUGCAUACCCAGAAGAUUUCGAAUAUCAGACGAUCAUCGAUUUCAAGCCUGAGAAUAUUGAUGAUAUGGACUGGUACGACUUAGUUACGUCUGUCAUCACCGAAUCUUUCAAUUUGGAGGAUUCUAUUGUGCGCACAGACGUGGCGAGAUUUGACUUUUCCUCGUUGAAUUUCCAGAACUCGGUCGAGCUCACUGACUACAACGAUGAAAAGCCAUUGGAUAUCUUGAUAACCCUCGACCCUGUCGACGAGUUUUCACAAAGAUUGAUCGCCACAGUGGAGUCGUUGCAAGAUUUACCUUUCCUCAACAUCAUUGUCCUCUUGCAGCCUCUCUCACAGACUGACGGGCCUUCGACACUCGACAGAUUUUAUGCGUCUGGAUUUUCAGGACUGACGCCCAGCUUCACUGCUGAUGGACAUUUUCUCAGAGCUGGAACGGAGAGCUUUGAGGCUUUACCUGAUUCAAACUACAGAGUUGGUGUCGACAUACCUAACAGGUGGUACGUUGCGAAGAACGAAUCAUCUGCGGAUCUCGAUCUCAACGACUUGAGUGUUUCUGAUGAGAACGUUGCCGCAGACUUUGUUUUGAGCAAAAUCGCGGUGGAGGCAUUCGUCAGAAACGUCAAAACCGGUGCGCCUGUCCCCGGCUUGAUAUUGCAAGCAACCAACAGACACGGGCCCCGUGAAGGAUUCACGAUGGAAACCAUGGGGUAUAACCAGUUGCGGCUUGAGCCAGGCACUUGGCAGCUUGAGAUCAAGAAUAUACUUGAAAAGGACAAGCAAUACGAUUUGCUCUCGGCCCACCGCAAUAGGUAUCUUGCAAAUGAUGAAGCCUUGGACUCAACUUCUCUCUCGGUUUUCUCACUCUCUGGAAACCUCAUCCACGUGCGUACCCGAGAAUCACAGGCGUUGCCAAACGAUAGUUUGAGAGCCGGUGCUAGUUCAGCGGAAGUGAACGUUUUCAGCAUUGCAAGCGGGCUCAACUACGAGAAACUAAUGGCUAUCAUGAUGCUCUCUGUUAAGACGCAUACGAAAAAGACGUUGAAAUUCUGGCUUCUUGAGGACUUUUUGAGUCUGCACUUCAAGGCGCAGUUGCCUAUGUUGGCGGCCAAAUAUGACUUUCAAUACGAGCUCAUCUCUUACAAGUGGCCGAUCUGGUUGAGACAGCAGACCGAAAUUCGCCGAACUGUGUGGGCGUACAAAAUUCUAUUUCUCGACGUGUUGUUCCCUGCGGACUUGGACAGGGUCAUUUUCGUUGACGCGGAUCAAAUUGCCCGGACCGACCUUUCUGAGUUGAUGCAUCAAGACUUGCAGGGCGCGCCAUAUGGAUUCACGCCCAUGUGCGAGUCUCGUGAGGAUAUGAAAGGGUUCCGGUUUUGGGAACAAGGGUACUGGAAGACGGUUUUGAAAGAUGAUCUCAAGUACCAUAUCAGUGCACUCUUCGUGGUGGACUUGAAGACAUUUAGGCAAAACGCCAUAGGCGACAAAUUACGCUCGCACUAUCAAAGGCUUUCCUCUGAUCCCAGCUCGCUCUCCAAUCUCGACCAGGAUUUGCCCAACAAUCUUCAGAGAACGGUGCCGAUUUUCUCCUUGCCGCAAGAAUGGCUCUGGUGUGAGACGUGGUGCUCGCAGGCACUGAAGGAACAUGCUAAGAUGAUUGAUUUAUGUGACGACCCCACGUCACUGGAGCCCAAAAUCGCCAAGGCUCUUCGCCUGAUUCCCGAGUGGCAGAAAUACAACGAGCAGCUCCAAAGCUUGGGCGACGCUCUAACUAUUCAUGAUGAUCUCUAA